GGAGCGGGAUAAAAGGCGGGCGGGCGCGCGCCCCCACCGUCUGUUCCUCCAGUGCUGCCAACACGACAUGGGUCUCGCGAUGAAACACGCGGCGCUGCUGCUGAGCGCGCUGAUGGCGGCGGUAGAAGCCCAGUACCUGGCGCAGUACGGCCAGCAGCCGGCAGAGGCGCUGUUCUACAAGCCGGAGCAGCAGCAGCAGCAGCAGCACGCGGCCAUCUUGUCGCACCGCCAGGGCCAGUCCAGCGACGGCGCCGUCAACUACAACUUCGCGACCGACCACGGCCUGCAGCAGGGCGAGACCAUCAACCCGGACGGCAGCCGCAGCGGCAGCUACUCCUACCUGGACCCCAACGGCAAGAAGAUCAGCGUCAAGUACUCGGCGGGCAAGGACGGCUUCCGCAUCCUGGAGGGCGACCACGUGCCCAAGCCGGUGGCUCCCCUGGCGGCGCCCCAGCAGACCCUGGCGCCCCAGCAGGCCCCGAGGUACUCGGUGGAGCCGGCCUACUCCAAGCAGACCCCAGCGCUGUACAGCGGCGCGCAGCAGGACUACAGGGCGGGGCAGGCCAGCCCCUACCUCGGCCUGCAGGGCAGCAGACACUCCCCCUACUACAGCGUGCAGGAGCAGGAGGACUCUGACAGGUUCUACGCAUCGCCGCAUCAAGCAGCGCCCUCAUCCGCGCCCAGGAACUACGCUGCUGUUGACGACGCAGAGCCCAGGAAACCACACAACUUCGGCCCGGGAUACGCCUUCCAAAUCGAAGGCUGAAAAACAGUGUCGUGUUUGACCGCUCGCCAUUCGCCAUUGCAGCGUUGGAAUGCCUCAACUGACCACUAUUUUUUUUAUGAUGGACAAAAUGAAGACAUUCGCAUGUGCAAUUAUUUAACGUUUUCACUUUUAUAAAAUAACUAAAAUUAUAAGGUGUGCGCUAGGAUUGUUUUCACUAUCACCUGCAAUUACGUUCCAAACCGAUAAUUCUCCACGAUCCAAGUAAGAGUUGUACCUUUAUUAGUAUGGAAAAUUCCACACUUUCGUGAUCAAUCGUGGCUCGAUUGUGGUAAUAUGGUCAGAUAUUGAACGGCUGCUUGUUUGCACCCACUUGAACUGAAGAUACUCAUUAAAUUGUUCACCAGGGCCAUGUUCCAUGCUACUGGGGAGUUAAUAAAUGGCUGUAUUUUUGUAAUUAUGUGUUCCCACAUGUUCACUUGCUAUUAGGUGAAAGUUAUACUUUGAAAAAUAUAUAAUUUUUUAAUUACUUACCGCCGCGACCAAAAUUUAAAUAUUCGGCUCAGAAUUUCAUAUGGAUAUCGAUCACCCAACACAAGUCAGACUCUAAGGAAAUAAUUUAGGCCAAAUAUUGUGACAAAAGAGAAAACGAGCAGGCCUACUCUCGAUAUGAAGGAGCUCAGAUGGAAAAGGAACUGGCAUUCUCAGUCCUCUGAAUUUAUUUUUCUAUUGAGUCCAACUAUGGUUUAGAAUUAAUCUUUAAGGAAUAUUGUAGUCUUAAUCGAUCAAGAGUGUAUGGAAUAGUUGGUAAAUUUCACGUAGCGAGGACGUAUAUAAAUAAAGAUAAUAAUAAAUAUAUUAUUACUUACAAAAAUACACUUGUCACAUUUCGCUAAAGCAAUGGUCCUAAAAAUAUAGUAUUCCACCAAAAUCUACUACAAAUGUGAAUUUUUUAUCCAACUUGCAAAAGAAAAUAAGCUAUUUUGAGAGAUGGAAAAUGAAGAUACAGUGGCUAUUCUAUUAUAUUUAAUACCCGACAUAUAACUAUUAAUUGAUAUAUUAAGCAGUAUUCGUAAUUUUCACUAGCUAAACCAUUCUCUUGUACAUAAAACUCUUGCUAUAUAGUAAAUAAUGCUCGAUAAUUUAAACGUGGUAAGGGAAGACAUUUGAAAUUGUUUCUUCUGUAUCUUGGAUUAUUAUAGAAGACUAAAAAGUAAACAGCUAUGUAUGUAAUUUUAAGUACAACUGUUUCAUAAAUAAUUUUUUUUAACAAAACUUUGUUUCAAAAUAUUAAUAUUCCUUCAUCAAAUGGUUUAAUUACAACAGAUGACAUAUUUUGUGCUUUGAGUGUUGUUGUAAACUGCCUAGCCUAAAUCUUCGCCAGAGGUCGGCAGGCUCUCGAGUGAGAUGAGCCAAAUAUUAAUUAAACAGAUUCUCAAAUGUUUAGAGAACCGCAACAUGUAUUUUCUCUGUAUCUGCAUGGAAUUUUAAGACGUUAAAAAAUAUAUAAAAUAAAAAAUAUUUUAUUUACAAAUUCAA